CUUCACGAGAACACAAUUAUAAAAACACAGAAUAAAUAUUACAAGAGAAUAUUUAUUAGAAAGUUAUUGCAUUAAAAAAUGGCAUCCACCCAGAAGUUGGUAGCUAUAUUGGUAUUGUGUGUCCUCGUCCUCUCCGCCGUGCAUCUUGACAAGGCGGAAGGUGCAUCUGAGGUCUACAAGCAGUGCUUUGACAAGUGCCAAAAUGAUUGCAUGAAGGAAGGCCGAGGCUACACCGAUUGCGAGAUGAAAUGUGACACCGAGUGUUCCGCUAUCGAGCGUAAAGCUAAUCUUCAAUCAUUGGAGGGUUGAAGGGUCAUCUUAUAUCUGGACGGAGCAAGAAAACCUCAUGAAUGAUCUAUAAUAAAACAAUGUAGGGUAUGAUUAAUAAUAAAGGCAUAGAAAAAGA